AUGGCCGCAUUGUCUGAAGUUGAGCAGCGGAAGCUGGCCAUCGGCCUGUACGAGUGCGAUCGCUGGCAUCAUUCCGGGGAGGAUCCAGCUCAGGGGAACGCACCAGAGCACGUCAAGGAGGCAUGGAGCUCACUUCAAAGGGCCAAGAAACAAGUAGACACGUCUCGCAGGCUGGUGGAAGCUUUCUCUCGUCGCAGGGCGGAGAGGUUUCUUCCGUCCGUCAAGAAGCCUCUUCCCGACGGCGACAAGCUCGAUGUCCUGGGGGCUGUUUUUGGGCACCUGCGCUGUUCCCCAUUGGCCCCUGCAGAUGCGGCAGAAAUGGUGACCUGGGAGGCGGCUCAAGAAUUGGUGAAGAUGAAGGAGCGCAUAGAUAGAGACUCAUUGGAGCUCGUCAGUCUCUAUGAACAGAUCUGGCAGCUGGAGAAAAAGAAAAAGUUCCGGGAGCAGUGGGAGUUGGCGCAGGAAGUCUCUGCGGGGCUUGACCAGGUGGCAGCCAAUGUCCGAGAGUACCGGCGAGUGCAGAACAUAUUCAACCAGGAACUCACGGACUGGAGAAGAGCGCACGCAAAGAUGAUCGGACCUUGGGACUUUUUCGUAAAGCGAUUUCCUGCUGCAACGCCCGGGGAAUCGUUGGAGGCUCCAAAUGUCGCCGAGUUCAUAAAAUGGUCCGUGGGAACCCGAGCGUAUACGGAAGAUCCCGAAAAUGCUUGGGUGGUCGAACACAUUGCCUCCACCGAGGUGGCCGGAGAGGCAUGGCGCUCCGCGUACGAGGACGAUCCCCAGAAGAUGGCGGUCUAUGAAGAACGGUUGGCCCAACAAAAGUUUGCAAAGAAGCUGUGGGCGGCCACCCGUAAUGACUUACUCAUUGAGGAGUGCGUCUCCAAUGCUGUAGCAAGUAUUCUAGAGGACUCGGAGAUCAUAGUUUCCUUAAGGUACAAAUUCCAAGCAAGGGUGGGUGACCUGGAUGGCCUUGUGCGGGGCACCAUUGACGGGCAGCCUGUGGUGGUUUUGAUAGAAGCAAAACACAAUAUGGAUGGGCAGUAUAAGGCAGCUGAGUCGGAACUAAAGAAUGCUUUGCAGUACUGGGAGGAGCUUUUGAAGGUGGAUGUGAGUGAUACAGACGAAGCCACAUUGGCGGACUACAAUGCACUUCAGUUGGAGGAGAGCAAAAGGAGUUUCAUCUGCUUUGCGUUGGGGGGCUUAAAAUUUUCCAAGGAGGUUGCGAAGCAGCACUUCGGCUGGCUGGGCCAUCGCGGCCGCCUCUUUUACGUCGUACCAAAUGCUGAAGGGAGGUUCCUUGCUUCAAAGUGGCCCUAG